UCUCUCCAUGGGAAAUAAAUUAAAUCCAGCUUGCCCCGCCGAAUUACAACAAUAAUAUUGAGAAUGACAGGUCCGUAAGAAAUUUGAACCCUGUGAGUUCGUCAACUUAUUGUGAAAAGUAAUUAAGGAAUGCUCAUAUGACGUCAGGCGCAGUGAACAAAAUUGACCAAUCAGAAAUGAGGAUUUUGUAAUACGUAUGCAUAUGAAAAUAGGAGGUCAGAGAGAAGACACUGUAGUAAAUUCAGCGCCAAUUUACGCUUCAAAAUGCCUCAAUUGGGGGUGAAUCUACGGGUUACUUCUAACCUAAAUCAGGGGGGACGAAAGUACAUGGAGGAUAUGGUCGCAGUUCACUUCGAAGAGGCAGAAGACUCCAAGGAAAUUACGUUUGCAUACUUCGGAGUUUUCGAUGGUCAUGGCGGGCAUUCCGCUGCUAAAUUUGCCAAGGAAAAUUUAAUCCAUCACAUUACACGUCAAAAAGGCUUCGAAAGUUCUGAUCAUGAAGAAAUCAAAGAGGCAAUAAGAGAUGGAUUCUUGUCGUGCCACCAGGCAAUGUGGAAAGACCACCCUAAUUGGCCAAAGACUGCCAGUGGAUUUCCAAGUACAGCUGGUACAACAGCGAGCAUCUGUAUCAUACGUGACUGCCAUCUAUACAUAGGCCACUGCGGUGAUUCUGGAAUUGUCCUUGGCUACCAUGAACAGCCAAAUGAUAUUGGGAUGACCACUAAACAACUAACAAAGGACCAUAAACCUGAGAGUCCAGAGGAGCGCCGACGUAUUGAAGAAUGUGGGAGUGCAGUUAUAGCCAAAUCUGGGGUGAAUCGUGUUGUGUGGAAUCGUCCAACCAAAGAUCACAAAGGACCAAUCAGACGUAGCACUCAUAUUGAUAAGAUUCCAUUCUUGGCUGUCGCCCGGUCUUUAGGUGACCUAUGGAGCUAUGACUGGGACAAAGACACAUUUGCCGUCUCUCCAGAACCCGAUGUCUAUGCGUACAAACUUGACCCCAAGAAAGAUCGCUGUUUGGUGCUAGGAAGUGAUGGCCUAUGGAACAUGAUCAGAAACUAUGAAUCAGUAGAUUGUGUUAAUUACAUAGAGAGGGAAACUAAGAGAAGGAUUGUCUAUAAACUGGGAGAUCCUAAUUUCUGGAUUAACCCAGCUCUAUCUUUGACAGACUAUGCUAUAGAGCGCUGGAAUGAGCGUGGUCUACGAGCUGAUAACACAACAGCUAUGGUCAUAAUGAUUGAUCCCCCAGGUCCGACCAGGAAACAGCGCCUCAUGCGCUGGCGAGAGGAAAUGAUAAAACGUCGUAAUGAUGAAUGGGGAAAAUCAGGACGUACUGGUGCGAGUCCAGUCGCAGAAAUUGAGGUUAAAAAUGGUGAUGAAGAAGUUUCUGACGCUGAAGCUGCCGCCGUGGCUAAAGAGCAGGAGGAUAAGGGACAUAUAACUGUCUCUAGAAACCUAAAACAUCAUAGAAUUCAAGAUUGCGAGAAUCAGAAUGUCGUCAACACGCAAAGGAAUAAUUUCUAUUAUGGUAGCAAAAAAAUGGAUCCUCCCAAAACCCCAAUGGCAAAUGACAGUGAUAUUUCAUAUACAGUCAAUACUGUGAAAUCUCCAACUCCAUGUGGCUCAAAUAAUUCUACCCCAAAGAGAAGCCCAAGUACGGAAAGUGAAGAUGAGGAUUCAAGGCCUAAAAGUGCCAAACGUAUGAAAUGCUCCGUUGAGACGAGAUCCCAUUCACAGAUGUUGAACACAAUGAAAUACAGAGCUGGGAAAGGGAUUAGACCAGCGUCUUAUUCAGAACCUCGUAAGUCUAGAACUGUAGCGCAUUUUGCCGCAAAGCGUGCUUCUGUGGAUCCCACAAAUACUGUCAAAGUAUUGACACCCUCAAAAUACAGGAAAACCCCCCAAAGUAAACUUGUAAGGAAAGUCACACCUACCCCCGAUUCUGGAAGAAAAAUCACCUUAAAUAGUAAUCUUCUAGAGAAAUCAGAACAAUCCAUCAAGUACCUGACACCAACUAAAUAUCGUCAAGUCUCGAAAGUGGAAUCCAUAGGAUUAAUUAACAAAGCGAAAACACCACUUGUGUUUUGCAAAACGGAGUCCAAAACUGCUGCUAAACAAGGACAACCUCUUGACCUUUCCAAAAAGACUGUUGUUCCUGAAAGUCCAAUAUCUGAUCUAAGUGGCGCUCCAAAAUCCACCCCGACCAUUACCCAAAAUGCAACACAUAUGCAAUUAAGGAACUCUGGGAAGAAACGUACUUUAUCAAUGGAGAACAGUACCCCAAAGGAGACCCCUGUUGAAAAUAAUAUCGUAGAUUCCUCAAUUUUGCGUGACGUUGAUCCGGAGCAGACACCUAGGAGGUCAUCCCGCAAGUCAACCUCCAAAUUCAAAACCCCAAACUCAGAUCCUAAAAGUUUGGAAAAUAUUCAAAUGCAAAAACAUCGUAGAAGUCAUAGUAUGCCAAUUCCAAGAGCAAUUACAGAGAAUGUGAUUGGACGACGGAGGAGUAGUCGAGAAAAAUUCACAUCGUUGAAGCGUAAACUGCCUUCAGCUAUGAUUUACGAAGAAGCUCAUAGAUCCAAAUUGGUGCGUUCUGGUCGUAGCAGUAGAUGAAUUAUUGCAGUAUUGGAUUUGAAUUUGUAUAUACAACUGAAGUUGGGACUUGUCUUUAUACCGACAUGUUGAAAACCUCAUUAAAUUCAUAACUUUUCCUUGUCUUCUCCCCCUUCAAAAAAUGAUUUAUGAAGAAAAAAUGAAGUUUUGAAAUUAAGCUCACUUCUUAAGAAAACAAUUUAAGAGAUAUUUUAUUGACCUUAUCCUUUCACAAUGAGUUUAUUAAGUUGUGGAAAUGUUAAAAUUGAGCAUAUAUUUGGAAGAUGAGCAGAAUGCGAGAUGACCAAUUACUUUUAGUUUGAUUUAAAGAUGGCAGCAAAAUGCAAAUAUCAUAUUUGAUCUUUACAUGAUGCA